AUGGCGCUGCUCCACCGGUUUGUGAAGCUCAACGACCGCGGCAACACCCACGUCUUCAGCUUCGUGGUGACCCGCAGCGUGACCCGGGACCUGCACCGCGACGUGACCAGCAAGGAGCUCACGUACGGCUACCAGCGCUGGGCCAUCACGUUCUCGCGCUCCGAGAAGGUGCUGGGCGUGUACCUGGUGUGGCGCAACCCGUGCGAGGGGAUGCGCGUCUACAUCGACUUCACCUUCACCCUGCUCAACCGGGAGCACUUCAGCACCAACGAGGCGUUCACGGGCAAGCAGGUCAAGUUCACCUUCGACUCGCCGGCGCAGGGCAACAGGCGCCUCAUCAACAUGGAGGACCUGUACUCGCGCAACUUCACGGACGAGAACGGCGAGUUCCAGCUGGAGCUGACGGUGGCCAACAUCCGCACGGUGUUCGAGGCGGAGCUGCGCGUGCCGCCGCCCAUCAACGGCGGCGUCGCCAACCGGAAGGAGAACCGCUUCGAGUCGCCCUACUUCCACUUCGGCCACUACGACUGGCACGUCUCCGUCACCAGCUCCUCGGGGCUGGACGGGCGGCCGUCCGUGCAGCUGCGGCGCCUCACCGGCUUCGACCACCAGUGCCGCGUGCGGUACCUGAUGGUGGUGGGCGAAGGCGAGCGGCGGGCCGACUCGGGCAUCCUGGACCAGCUGUCGGACCACGAGGGCCGCACGCCGGGCUGGUCGCCGGCGCGCACACGCCUGCACGACCUGGUGCACAAGGGCGUGCUCAGGCUGUACCUGGAGAUGAUCCUGGCCAACACGACGAGCGAGGUGCGGCUGCAGCCCCUCGCGGCCAACACGACGCCCGUGCAGUGCUACGACCGCGACAAGCAGGCCUGGGCGCUCGAGCCGGACCUGCACUCCGACAUGUUCCGCCUCAGGCUCGUCUACAACGACGUCCACAACGUGCCCAGGAACCAUCUCAGAUACGUGUGCUGGAACGCCUACCUGCUUCGCCGAGCAUCCCGCGGUUACCUGGAGUCUGUCUGCCUUACCAAUGGACCCUUCAGCAACUACUACGCCCAGGAGAGCACUGACGAUGGGAUUAUGAUGGAAUCCGACGUGACUGUCAAAGAGACACUAAGGAGAACAAGUUAA